GGCGGGGCUCGGAGUGCUGGGUGUAAGGGAAGCGGCGCCUGAGCAGCUGGUUGGUCAAGCCGGAGGGCCUGACGAGGACGUGAGCGGGGUCGGAGCAAGAUGGCGGUGCAGGUGGUGCAGGCGGUGCAGGCGGUUCAUCUGGAGUCUGACGCUUUCCUAGUUUGUCUCAACCAUGCUCUGAGCACAGAAAAGGAGGAGGUGAUGGGACUGUGUAUAGGGGAGUUGAAUGAUGAUACAAGGAGUGACUCCAAAUUUGCCUAUACUGGAAAUGAAAUGCGCACAGUUGCUGAAAAGGUUGACACCGUCAGAAUUGUUCACAUUCAUUCUGUCAUCAUCCUCCGACGUUCUGAUAAGAGGAAAGACCGGGUAGAAAUCUCUCCUGAGCAACUGUCUGCAGCCUCAACAGAAGCAGAGAGGUUGGCAGAACUAACAGGUCGCCCCAUGAGAGUUGUGGGCUGGUAUCAUUCCCACCCUCAUAUAACUGUUUGGCCUUCACAUGUUGAUGUUCGAACACAAGCCAUGUACCAGAUGAUGGAUCAGGGCUUUGUGGGUCUUAUUUUUUCCUGUUUCAUAGAGGAUAAAAACACAAAGACUGGCCGGGUACUAUACACUUGCUUCCAAUCCAUACAGGCCCAAAAGAGCUCAGAAUAUGAGAGAAUUGAAAUUCCAAUCCAUAUCAUACCUCAUGUCACCAUUGGGAAAGUGUGUCUUGAAUCAGCAGUAGAGCUUCCCAAGAUCCUGUGCCAGGAGGAGCAAGAUGCCUAUCGGAGGAUUCACAGCCUUACACACCUGGACUCAGUAACCAAAAUCCAUAAUGGCUCAGUGUUUACCAAGAAUCUGUGCAGUCAAAUGUCGGCAGUCAGCGGGCCUCUCCUGCAGUGGUUGGAAGACAGACUGGAGCAAAAUCAACAGCAUUUGCAGGAGUUACAACAAGAAAAGGAAGAGCUUCUGCAAGAACUUUCUUCCUUAGACUGAAGCACCUGACAAAAGAGGGUAUUUUAAAAAAUUUAUAUACCAAAUAUGGCUCACAAUUGCACACAACUUUGGUGUAAGGCAGGCAGUAGGGCAGUAAUUUUAUAUUGCUUUAUAUAUGCAAAUACACAAGAUGCUCUUCCUAAAAAUUACUCAAGAGAUUAUUGAACCCUUCUACUACUAUACCUACCACAGCAGAUGCAUUAAGUAGUAUAUAAAAUUUAUUUUUUAAAGGCUAUCAAAGGUACAUUGACAAGUCUGUCUUGUAAUGAAAUGUCUCUGAAGUAUAUUCUAAAUGCUAUUUUCCCUUCUUAAACUUGUAAGUCUUUAUUUCCAUUUUCAGUUGUAUCCACCCUCCACAUGAAACUAAAGAAAUAAGCAUAUUUUAUGUUUCUACUUGUAGUUAUGAUGCUUAUAUUAGACAAAUUAAGGACAUGAGGUUUAGUGUAAGGAAGUGUAGAGGGCUCUUCGACACCUCCCCUCUAUUUUUUGCUCUUAUUGAGAAGCAUAUGUCUCAUGGGUCCUUCUUGAUCUCUUCAGUAUAUAGUCUGAGACAGUAUCAGUCUUAAAUCCCAGUGUGUUCCCUUUUUAACCAACCAAAUGAAUUCUAGCUAUUUGACUGUGAAGCAAAUUCCUAUUGAGCAGAUAGCUACCUAGAAAAUUCCAUUAUAAUAUAAAUGUGUUUUCUAAAACAUUUAGGAUUUAGAAUGUAAUAAAACUCAUGCUUUAAAAUUUCAAUGACAUUAUUCCUAGUGUGCGUAGUCAUAAUUAAUAAAUAUGUGUUUUCAGAAAAAAAUUCAGGCCCGUGGGUUGUUGUAAUCUAGAAAUCUGCAUGAAUUGCAUGCCAAUUCUGAGGCACACUUACCAUUUGAAAACUGCCCCAGGGCAUAUGGAAUAUAAAUAGUGGGUUUUGUUCCUAAUUUCCCAGUGCCACAGUUCUCUAUUUUUUCUCCCUAGAGGACAGAUGAAAAUACCUCAUGUAAAAUUAAGAUAAGCCAAUUUAGAUGAAGAAAAAAUUGGAGAAUUCACAUUACUUGACUUCACCACUUUUACUGUAAAGCUACAGUAAUCAAGAUGGCUUGAUAUUGGCAGAAGGAUAGAUACAAAGAUCAGUGGAACAGAAGAUGGAACCCAGAAAUAGAUUCACAUAAAUAUGCCCAACUAAUUUUGACAGAAUUCAAAAGCAGUUUAAUGCAAAGAUACACUUUUCAAAAAAUCAUGCUGCAGAAAUCAAAUAUGCAUAGGCAAAAAAACAAAACAAAAUUCAAACCUCACACAUGCUAUAAAACUUACAAGAUAUAUCACUUACUUAAAUGUAAGAUGUAAAGCUAUAAAACUUUUAGUGAAAAAAGUCAGCAGAAAAAUCUUCAGGAGAUAAGUUAUUGGAUUUCAACUCAAAAGUAUGAUUCAUAUGAGAAAAUAGGUAAUAUAUUGGGCUUCAUCAAAAUUUUAAAAAUUGCUCUAAAGAAAAAUGUAAGAAGAGGAAAGGACAAGCUACAGUAUGAAAUUAUUUGCAAACCAUAGAGUAUCUGAUCAAUGUGGAAAUAAAUGAAAUCAAACUCAACAAUAAAAUGUUAUCCAAUUAGAAGAUGAGCAAAAGGCAUGAAAGGGCAUUUCACAGAAGAGGAUAUAUGGAUGGUAGAUAAUCACUUAAAAAGAUAUUAAACUUUAUAAGCCAUCAAGAAUUGCAGAAUAAAUCUACAAUGCAGUAUGACUUAUCAGAAUGGUUAAUGCAAAAAUAGAGGAAAUGUCAAAUGCUGUUAAGGAUACAAGCUAGAUUGAGGUGUUGAUAAGAAUGUAAAAUGGUAUAACUAGUCUGGAAAAGAGUUGGGAAAUGUCUUCUAAAAUUAAACAUACUAUAUAACCGAGAAAAUGUACUUCUGGACAUUUAUCCCAGAGAAAUGAAAAACUUUGUUGGCAUAGUAACUUGUACAAAAGUUUUCAUAGUAGCUUUAUUCAAAACCUGGAAACAAUGCAGAUGUCCUGCAGCAGGUGACACAAGGAGUUCCUGUGAGCUAAUGGAGUAGGGUUUUUUUGGUCUUAAUUGUGGUGUUGACCACAUGAAUUUAUACUUGCUAAACAAGUCAUCUCUACCCUCAGAUACUAUGCUGCAAUGGAAAAGAACAGACUAUUAUUUUUUUUUGAGACAAGAUCUCUCUAUGCAGUUCAGGCCGGACUUGAGCUCACUUUGUAGCCCAGGCUGGUCUUGAACUUGCAACGAUUUUCCUGCCUCAACCUCCCGAGUGCUGGGAUUACAGGCAUGAGCCAACAAGCCCAGCGGAACAGACUAUUAUUACACACAACUUAGAUAAACCUUGGGGGUAUUAAUGGUUAUUUUAAAAACAAUAUUAAAAGAUCACAUUAUAUGACUGCAUUUUUUACAACAUUCUUGAAAUAUCAAAAUUAUAGGAAUGAAGACCAGACUAAUGAUUGACAGAGAUGGGGAGUAGGUGGAACAUGGCUUCUGUGUGACUCUACAGAGAUAAUACAAGGAGUUCCUUUGUGCUGAUGGAGCAGUUUUUUAAUCUUAAUUAUGGUGUUAACACAUGAUUUUCUACUUAUGCUAAAGCUGUAUGAUCUGUACAUACAUAAAUGCAUGCAUGUAGAAUCCAGUGAAACUGAAUAAAGUGUGUAGCCUGCUAAACAGUA